CCAUCAAAGGGGACCUAUCUUCUUGAGAAAGUUCUGCUCUGAGAGCUGGGCUGUGGUAUAAAAGGCAUGUCAGGGAGGGCAUUUUUUAUUUGAUAGGAAAAUUUAAAACGCUAAAGGAAAGUUUUUCUUAGCAAUUUUACAGGAAAACCUAAGUUUUAAGAGAGGGUAUCAUUCUAACUUGGAACUGAACUAUUAUGACUAGAUCUAUAAUAGCAAGUCACAAUAUUUCUCUUUCUUGACAUCAAUUUAAGAGUGACUAUUCACAUAGUAGAGAGAAUGGCUUUGGUUAUACCUGCCUCCAAUAGUUCCAUGAGAUCUGAUAGGAAUACAUAUGUUGGAAAAAGGUUUGUUCAUGUUAAAAAUGCUUACUUGGAUUCAAUGGAUGAAGACAUUCUCUAUCACUUGGAUUUGGGAACAAAAACACACAAUCUACUAGCAAUGUUUGGAGAUGUAAAGUUUGUCUGUGUUGGUGGGAGCCCCAACAGAAUGAAAGCAUUUGCACUGUUUAUGCACAAGGAGCUUGGGUUGGAGGAAGCUGAAGAAGACAUAAAAGACAUUUGUGCUGGGACAGACAGAUAUUGUAUGUACAAAACCGGGCCUGUGCUCACCAUCAGUCACGUCAUGGUCAUCCCCUCCAUUUCUAUUAUGCUUCAUGAACUCAUCACAUUACUCCACCAUGCACGGUGCUACGAUGUCACCAUUAUUAGAAUUGGCACAUCAGGGGGAAUAGGGAUUGCACCAGGGACUGUUGUAAUAACGGAUAUAGCUGUAGACUCCUUCUUUAAGCCCCGGUUUGAACAGGUCAUUUUGGACAACAUCGUCACCCGAAGUACUGAACUUGACAAGGAACUAUCUGAAGAACUGUUCAACUGUAGCAAAGAAAUCCCCAACUUCCCAACCCUCAUUGGACAUACAAUGUGUACCUAUGAUUUUUAUGAAGGCCAAGGCCGACUAGAUGGAGCACUGUGCUCCUUUUCCAGAGACAAAAAGUUAGAUUACUUGAAGAGAGCAUAUAAAGCUGGCGUCAGGAAUAUUGAAAUGGAAUCUACAGUGUUUACAGCCAUGUGUGGACUCUGUGGUCUAAAAGCUGCUGUGGUCUGUGUGACACUUCUCAACAGACUUGACUGUGAUCAGAUCAACUUGCCUCAUGAUGUCCUUGUGGAGUACCAGCAACGGCCCCAGCUCCUAAUCUCCAACUUCAUCAGACGGCGGCUUGGACUUUGUGACUAGACGUCCUAACAGGGCAGCCCAACCCUCCCCUGCAAGUUGGUAGCUCAAGUUGUAACAUGAAAGUCGUAUUUUAUUUGUGGCAUUUUUAUAUAGUUCUCAUCCACAUGCUAAAAUCAUAAUGGAAAGACUUUAUGAAAUCCUUCUCUCUUAAAAAGGAAUUUAUUGUAAAAGAAUU